UAACUACGAAAUGGACGCGUUUCAGGGAACGAGAGAUGACAUUACUCAGCAAUUUGGAUUCAUAUGGGAUCAAAUCAAAGCACCAUUAAUUGUUCCGAUGCUGAGACUUGCGGUUGUACUGUGUUUGACCAUGUCGGUGAUGCUCUUCAUCGAGAGAGUUUACAUGGGCAUUGUGAUCGUUCUCUUAAAGCUGUUUGGGAGAAAACCUGAGAAAAGAUACAAAUUGGAACCGAUCAAAGACGAUCUGGAGCUGGGUAAUUCAGUUUAUCCCAUGGUUCUCGUUCAAAUUCCAAUGUACAACGAAAGAGAGGUUUAUCAGCUCUCCAUUGGAGCUGCUUGUGGUCUCUCAUGGCCGACAGAUCGAAUUAUAAUCCAAGUCCUCGAUGAUUCCACAGACCCAACCAUCAAGGAGUUGGUGCAGAUUGAAUGCCAGAGAUGGGCAAGCAAGGGAAUUAAUAUCAAAUAUGAGGUGAGAGACAACAGAAAUGGUUAUAAAGCUGGAGCUUUAAAGGAAGGAAUGAAGAGAAGCUAUGUGAAGAACUGCGAUUACGUUGCCAUAUUCGAUGCAGAUUUCCAACCAGAGUCGGAUUUCUUGUGGCGAACGGUCCCUUUCCUUGUCUUUAACCCAGAGAUCGGUCUUGUUCAAGCUCGCUGGAAAUUUGUAAACUCGGACGAAUGUAUGAUGACGAGACUGCAAGAAAUGUCACUGAAUUACCAUUUCAAGGUUGAGCAGGAAGUGGGCUCCUCCACCUAUGCCUUCUUCGGUUUCAAUGGAACAGCAGGUGUGUGGAGGAUCUCGGCCAUCAAUGAGGCCGGUGGGUGGAAGGACCGGACCACGGUCGAGGACAUGGAUUUGGCGGUCCGAGCAAGUCUUAAGGGCUGGAAAUUCUUAUACCUAGGUGAUAUUAAGGUGAAAAAUGAAUUGCCGAGUACUUUCAAAGCCUACCGCUUUCAGCAGCACCGAUGGUCUUGUGGACCUGCUAAUCUGUUUAGGAAAAUGGUAAUGGAGAUUUUAAGGAACAAGAAAGUAUCAUUGUGGAAAAAAGUACAUGUGAUCUACAGUUUCUUCUUCGUUCGCAAGAUCAUAGCCCAUAUCGUCACCUUCGCUUUUUACUGUGUUGUAUUGCCAAUGACUGUUCUGGUUCCUGAAGUUGAAGUUCCAAAAUGGGGAGCUGUUUAUAUCCCUUCCAUUAUUACCUUUCUUAAUGCAGUUGGAACUCCAAGAUCACUUCACUUGCUGUUCUUCUGGAUCCUUUUCGAGAAUGGUAUGUCUAUGCACCGGACCAAAGCAACCUUUAUUGGUCUGCUAGAAGCAGGGAGAGUAAAUGAAUGGAUUGUCACUGAGAAAUUGGGAGACGCUCUCAAGACAAAAGCAGCAGCUCCUAAAGCAGCUAAGAAGCUGCCUCGAUUCAAAUUCGGAGAGAGAGUUCAUCUACUGGAGCUUGGAUUUGGAGUCUUCCUCUUCUUCUGUGCCUGCUAUGAUGUAUCAUUUGGGAAAAACCACUACUUCAUAUACCUGUACCUCCAGUCUCUCACAUUCUUCAUCAUGGGUUUUGCUUGUAUAGGCACAUUUGUCCCCAACUCAUAGAAGGAUUGGAUAGUGAGAUGGAUGCAUUUGCCACAUUCAAUUCCUGUUGGUAGUUGCGAUUCAUGCCAUGCCUCUGCAACAUCAUCUGUAUGGAGUUUCUUGGCAGCAUUUUUUUACACAUUUGUUAUUGUUUUAGCUCAUAAGAAGAAAGGCACGACAUUCUUUUGUGCUCAGAAGAAACACUUGAUACGUGUCUUGGAAAAUUCUAUUGUGAAUACUCUAAGAAGCAGCAGGAACUUACAAAACAAAA